CUCCAGUUGUUGUUAUUGUUUGGUAUUUUCAAAAUGCUGCAGCUACGAAAAGCCGUGCUGCGCGGACUGGCUAGAAGGUUUCGGCCUCCAACGAGAUGUGCCCACAGCGCCGGUGCCGAGAUCUACGACGUGGUGGUCAUCGGAGGCGGACAUGCCGGCACAGAGGCCUCGGCGGCAGCUGCUCGCAUGGGAUCCCGCACCCUGCUGCUAACCCACAAACUGGAGACUAUUGGCGAGAUGUCCUGCAAUCCGUCGUUCGGUGGCAUUGGCAAGGGUCACCUGAUGCGCGAGGUGGACGCCCUGGAUGGCGUAUGUGCCCGCUGUUGCGAUGUUUCCGGCGUACACUACAAGGUGCUGAACAGACGACGCGGACCAGCUGUUUGGGGACCCAGGGCGCAGAUCGAUCGUCAGCUGUACAAGAAGGCUGUGCAGCAGGAACUGCACAGCACUCCCAAUCUGGAGAUUCGAGCAGCUGCCGUGGACAAUCUGCUGAUAGAGGAUGAACAGGAUACCCAAGCCCGACGUUGUACAGGCGUUCUGUUGGCUAGCGGAGAAGUGGUGCGCAGUCGAUCCGUGGUGCUCACUACGGGCACAUUCUUGCGAGCACACAUCAACAUAGGACUCGAGGUGCGUCCGGCCGGCCGGAUCGGAGACGCUCCAGCAAAAGCUCUGGGCGAGGCGAUCGACAGACUAGGUUUUCGCAUGGGAAGGCUGAAAACUGGCACUCCGCCUAGAAUAGCAAAGAGCAGUGUGGAUUACUCUCAGCUCCAAAGGCACGACGGUGAUGAUGCGCCCAUGCCGUUCUCCUUUCUCAACAAAGACGUAUGGCUACCCGCCAAGGACCAACUACCCUGCUACCUCACCUACACCACACCAAAAGUCAGCGACAUCGUGCGCGAUAAUCUUCAUGUUAAUCGACAUGUUACUGAGGAGAUAACCGGCCCACGUUACUGCCCCUCGAUUGAGUCAAAGAUUUUGAGGUUCGGCGCGAAGGUCCAUCAGGUGUGGUUAGAGCCAGAAGGUCUGGACAGUCCCUUAGUGUAUCCCCAGGGGAUCUCCUGCACGUUGCCCCACGAUCAGCAAGUUGAGCUGGUCCAUGCCAUCCAAGGUCUGGAGAAGGCGGUUGUUGUCCAGCCCGGUUACGGGGUGGAGUACGAUUUUAUAGACCCCCGUGAGUUGUAUCCCACACUGGAAACGAAGCGAGUGCCAGGACUCUUCUUUGCUGGCCAGAUAAAUGGAACUACUGGCUAUGAAGAAGCGGCCGCCCAGGGAAUCAUAGCGGGAGCCAAUGCAGCUGGAAAAACCAGACAUGGCGACGGAAGGCAAUUGACUAUUAGUCGAACUGAGGGAUACAUAGGAGUGCUGAUCGAUGACCUCACCUCGUUAGGCACCAACGAACCCUACCGCAUGUUUACCAGUCGGGCAGAGUUUCGGCUGUCACUUCGUCCGGACAAUGCCGACAUGCGCCUCACCAAAAAGGGCUACGAAUUCGGACUUGUAUCUUCAGAUCGCUUCCAGCAUUUCCAGCAAACCGAGGAGAGAUUGCAAUCGGCCAUUGAGUCGUUGCGGCGAUUACGGAAGCACACUCACUACUGGCGACAAGCCCUCGAUCUGCCAAAGGCUAAAGCUUCGGUGGAGAAAACGGCUUUCGACAUGCUGGGCAUUCCGGCGGAUAACAUCACUAUCGAGCAGCUUAUCCAGAUUCAUCCCAACGAACUGAGCUGGCUGAAAGGCGAGCGUAACCUGGCCGAAAGGCUGAAAAUCGAGGCCCUGUACUCGUUCUUUGUUGAUGAACAGCAACGAGAUGUGGAGGAUGUGCGUCGAGAGGAGCGCCUGUCCAUUCCCGCCGACAUUGAUUACUUCUCAAAGUCGCUAAGCUUGUCCAACGAGGAGCGACAGAAACUGACGCUCAUCCAGCCGCAGACAAUUGCGGCGGCAAGUAGAAUUCAAGGGGUAACUCCUUCGACGAUUGUGAGGAUUCUUAAGUACGUUAAAAAAGCUGAGGUAGCCAAAGCCUAGGUUAAU